AUGUGUGAUGAAACGUUUUUCCAGAUUAAGGACCUCAAGCCGCAAAUGAGCAACCUAUGCAUACAGUGCCUUAUCGUGAAGUUUAUAGAUGACCCCCCAGACCACAUAAAUAACAUAGUAAAGUACCAUUACCUUGUGGCAGACAUAAGUGGGUCGGUCAUAUUGUGCAUCCCCCGCACUCUCAUAGAAGAGGAACUCACCAAAAAGAAUGUUAACCUAUUCAAUGAUGACCUAGACGAUGCGGUGGAGUGGAACAGCUCUACCCCACUCAAUCUGAGCGACCAUGUGGGUAGCGGCACAGCUAGUGAGCAUACAAGGUUUUCCCAUGAUGUGGGGAAGAAGCCUUCCAGUGGGACAAACACAGCGAACGCGUCGAAUUUGACAGGUUCCUCCAACUUGGCCCAAAUGAACAACUCCAAAAGUUGCAAGUACUUUUUUCGAGUGGGAGAUAUUCUGAUAAUUCAAGGGGGCGUGACUACAUGGUCCAUGGGAAAAAUGGUUAUCAUGCCCAGCACGAGAACCAAAAAGGGAGGUCCCAAUGAAGUCAGAGGGUCCAUUCAGAGAAUAGGCUUCUUCAACAUGAACGUGAAUCUCGAACCGAAUGUCAGCAAUUUGAUAACUUCGACCACAGAGAAGAAGUACCAGCCUGGGGGGGAGGGUGUCGGUCAGGCAGUUCGGAGUAUUCCCCCAGGGAGGAGUACAACUGGUGGGAGGCAGAAAGACCAAGUGAAUAGUAACGGGCAACAAGAAUUUGUACGCGAAGGGAAGGAGAGCAAGUAUGACAUUCUUCCUCUUCUGCGGGGCGAGGACAUGUAA